AGAAAUUCCCAUUGACUGAGUACCGCCGGCGACAGCCGUCUCCACAUUCACAUAUACGUGUACUUGUAUACUCACACGCGUUGAAUAGUCAAUCCCUGAAAAGUAGAACAAACCCACAAUUUCCUGGUAAUUAAGUUCUUUCCUUUUUUUCUGCUUCACCCCAUUUAAUUUCUUACUUCCUCGUGAUUGCGUAUCUCUUUGUCUGUGCUGUAAUCCUCUGUUUCCUGGAGUGUGAUUAUUUUUCUGGGGUCAAGUUACCUUUUUAUGUUUUCGGGGACCAAUAUUUAUGUUACUUGUGGCAUACUCUUAUUUGAGAAUUGGGUGACUUUGAAUUCUUCAAAAGGAUUAGGAGAUUAGUUCAUUUUCAUUGAAAAUCAAUGAAUUUGGAUGUUUGGUGAAUUGGGUACAGAGUGAAUUUCUGGUUUUUCAAUUCUCUCUCUCUCUUUUCAUUUUUUUUAUUUUUUAUUUUUAUUUUUUAUCAAGAUUAAAACUUGAAGUCCUGGGGGAAGUUUGGAAUGAGUUUUUAGUGGUGAAUUUAGCCUUUGAAGGAGGGUUUUGGUUGUUUGCGCUUGUAGCUGUACAUAGAGCGACAUGGGUUGUAUAGGCUCUAAGGAUCAGAAUACUGUUCCAGAGUAUAGCCAUGGCGGCUCCAAAGAGAAGCUGACGCGAAAGGAUUCAGUAGAGAAGCUUGUUUCGCGAGGGAAUUCAGCAAGAAGAGGGGAGGUUGUUCGAUCAAGUAAUAGAUUUGAUGGUGGUAACAUCAAGGUUAUGUUGGUUGACAAGAAAGAGAGUGGUUCGUGCCGGUUCUAUGAUAAUCAUCAGGUUGAGAAGAAGAGUCUAGAUAAGUUUGAGGUGAUUGAUAAAAGGGUGCAGAAGGGUGAAGUGACUGUUGUUGCUCAUCCUGGUUUAGGGAGGCUUCCAAAGAGCACAGAAGGAGAGCUGGUUGUGGCAGGGUGGCCUUCUUGGCUUGCUGCAGUGGCAGGAGAAGCCAUCAAAGGAUGGAUACCACGGCAAGCCAGUUCCUUUGAGAAGUUGGAUAAAAUUGGUCAAGGAACUUAUAGCAGUGUUUAUAAGGCACGUGAUAUCAUUCAUAAUAAACUUGUUGCUCUAAAAAAAGUACGAUUUGAUAGUCAUGAUCUGGAGAGUGUGAAGUUUAUGGCAAGGGAGAUUAUUCUUUUACGAAGGCUUGACCAUCCAAAUGUAAUUAAAUUGGAUGGCUUGAUCACAUCACCGAUGUCAUGCAGCAUGUAUCUUGUUUUUGAAUAUAUGGAACAUGAUCUUGUGGGACUUGCAUCACUCCCUGGUAUCAAGUUUUCUGAGCCUCAGAUUAAAUGUUACAUGAAGCAACUUUUGAGUGGCCUUGAUCAUUGUCACAGUCAUGGUGUCCUUCAUCGUGACAUAAAGGGUUCAAAUCUUCUCAUAGACAGUAAUGGGAUCUUGAAGAUUGCAGAUUUUGGAUUAGCAAGUUCCUUUGACCCUUUUGAUAGUGUUCCAAUGACAAGCCGUGUAGUCACUCUUUGGUAUCGACCACCGGAACUGCUGCUGGGAGCAUCUCAUUAUGGAGUUGCGGUGGAUUUAUGGAGUAGUGGUUGCAUUCUUGGGGAAUUAUAUGCUGGCAAGCCUAUUUUACCUGGGAAAACAGAGGUUGAGCAAUUACAUAAGAUUUUUAAGCUAUGUGGUUCACCAUCUGAGGAAUAUUGGAGAAAAUCAAAACUACCUCAUUCAACAGUUUUCAAACCUGUACAACCAUACAGACGAUGCGUUGCUGAAACAUUUAAAGACUUUCCUUCUUGUGCUAUAGAUCUUAUGGAUACCUUGCUCUCCAUAGAUCCUGUUCAUCGAGGAACAGCAGCUUUUGCUCUGAAGAGUGAGUUCUUUACAACAGAACCUCUUGCUUGCGAUCCAUCUAGUUUACCCAAAUAUCCUCCCAGCAAAGAAAUUGAUGCUAAGUUGCGGGAUGAAGAAGCUAGAAGGCAAAGAGCAGCUGGAAGCAAGGGCCAAAGAAUCGACGUGGAAAAGAGAGGAUCAAAAGAUUCAACAGAAAUUCUGAGAUCUAAUGCAAAUCCUGAAUUAACCACAUCAAUGCAGAGAAGACAGCAAUAUCCCAAUUUAAAGGGCAGGACUGAGACAUUCAAAUCUGCUGCUGCUUCUGGUUUUCUGGUUGGACAAUCACAAGCUGUAAGAGAUGGGAGUAGAGAUUUUUUGGAAUAUAAGGGAAAGAAUGUUUCAUAUUCUGGCCCAUUGGUCAAUGGGGCAGGUUGGGGAAAGUCUGGGAAGGAACUUGAUGAUCCACAUAUCUUUCCAGCUCGAGCUAACUUAUCUAAAUUGUCUGGUUUGGUCGCAACUAGAACUCUGGCUUCAGAUGAACAGAAGCAAAUGUCUGGUCCUUUACCUCCUGAAGUAUCAAACCAGGUUGGCAGGUCUCAGAAAUCAUUCAUUGAAUCAGAGUCUGCAGCAAAGCUAGAUCUGAGAUCCCGUGCACAGAGGAUUGCAGGUUCUCCCCAGAUGGGAAGUGGAAGAACCAGCAUGAAGGAACCAGUUCUGCCUGGUGGUUCACGGGGAAGCAAGAUUUUUGUCUCUGGUCCAUUGCUUGCACAAUCAGAGAAUGUUGACCAGAUGCUCAAAGAGCAUGAUCGCAAGAUUCAAGAAUUUGCUCGGCGAGCAAGACUUGACAGGAACAAGCCCGGAAAAGUGCAAACUCAAGGGAAACUGUUAGUGUCUGCUCGCGGAGCUGGAUAGACACUAAUAAGCGGUAUGCAGGUAUCUCCUCUCUAGUGGCAGAGCUGGAAAAAUCAGCCAAGUGAUGCCCAGGGAGCUAAAUUAGUUGAACAUACUUAUGUACAGUUAGUGCAGCUUAUUGUUCUUCAUUUGAUAAAAAGUAUAGAGGUGGGAAGUAUAGGAUUUGAUUCUUUCAGUUCAGUAAGCAGUGGGCGACUACUUUGGUAAAUAUUGCCACAUCGAUAACAGAAUCGAAAGAAAUUAGAAAGUGAUACAAAUUUUGAGAAUAUUUCUACGUUAUCUUAAUAAUUCUAUAUAAUAUAGUAUUUCUUUUUUAGGGUAAGAUUCUAUAAUUUGAGAAUUUCAAGUCAUGUCGGGAUUUUGUCCAGAUUAAAAGAAUGGCAAAACU